CGUGGGGGGGGCGCCGGGCUCUCCCUCCGCUCGCCCUUGGGGGAGGAGUGCCGGCUCGGGUGGCGCCCCCUUUCCCUUCUGCCUCCUCCUCCUCCUCCCGCCCCACCGCCUCGCUUGUGCGUGAUUCCCCGGGGGACGGGGGCGUCGCUCCGGUUCCCCCUCUCCAAACGAGGGCAUUUCCCGGCCACCCUGCUCCUCCUCAGAAACCCACCCCCUCCUCUUCCCGCUCCCCGCCGCCGCCGCUGCGAACGCCUGCCAGGCGCUGCUGCUUAGCGUGCAAGGAGCGAAGCGCCGCCGCUGCCGCCGCCUGGUUGUCGAGCGAUGUAAGGCGGGGAGGUUCCCCCUUUCGCCCGCCUGCUUGCUUGCCUGCCUGCCUGCUUUGCCUAGCUGGCUGGCUGGUUCUGCUCCUUGCCUCGGUCCCUCUCUUCCGCCGCGGAGCCGCCGGCCUCGCCCGCUCCCUUCCUUCCCUUGCCUCGGGUCCCUUCCUUUUCCCCCCGCCAUGCCGGACCAGAUCUCCGUGUCGGAAUUCGUCUCCGAGACCAAUGAGGAUUACAAGGCGCCCACCGCCUCCAACUUCACCACCCGGAUGGUGCAGUGCCGGAACACCGUGGCCGCCAUCGAGGAGGCACUGGAUGUUGACCGAACUGUUCUUUAUAAAAUGAAGAAAUCUGUAAAAGCCAUAAAUAUUUCUGGUCUGGCUCAUGUGGAAAAUGAAGAACAGUACACUCAAGCUUUGGAGAAAUUUGGAGGAAACUGCGUCUGUAGGGAUGAUCCGGACUUAGGAACAGCGUUUUUAAAAUUUUCUGUAUUUACAAAGGAGUUGACGGCACUCUUCAAAAACUUGAUCCAGAACAUGAACAAUAUAAUAACUUUUCCAUUGGACAGUUUGCUGAAAGGUGAUCUAAAAGGAGUCAAAGGGGAUUUGAAGAAACCUUUUGAUAAAGCAUGGAAAGAUUAUGAAACAAAAGUGACCAAAAUAGAAAAAGAGAAAAAAGAACAUGCAAAAUUACAUGGAAUGAUCCGCACAGAAAUAAGUGGAGCCGAGAUAGCGGAAGAGAUGGAAAAAGAGCGGAGAUUCUUCCAGUUACAAAUGUGUGAGUACCUGUUGAAAGUCAAUGAAAUCAAGAUUAAAAAAGGAGUUGACUUGCUUCAGAACCUGAUCAAGUAUUUCCACGCACAGUGCAACUUUUUUCAGGAUGGUCUGAAAGCAGUUGAAAGCCUUAAGCCCUCUAUAGAGAAGCUCUCUACAGACCUUCACACAAUAAAGCAAGUACAAGAUGAAGAAAGAAAGCAGUUGAUUCAGCUUAGGGAUAUUUUAAAAUCUGCACUUCAGGUUGACCAGAAAGAGUCUAGGAGAGAUUCUCAGCUCCGUCAGGGUACAACUUACAGUUUACAUCAGCCUCAGGGAAAUAAGGAGCAUGGAACCGAAAGAGAUGGCAGCCUCUAUAAGAAAAGUGAUGGAAUCAGAAAAGUGUGGCAGAAGAGGAAAUGCACAGUUAAAAAUGGUUUCCUUACAAUUUCCCAUGGUACCGCAAACCGACCUCCUGCAAAGCUCAAUCUGUUAACUUGCCAAGUGAAAACAAAUCCAGAGGAGAAAAAAUGUUUUGACCUCAUAUCACAUGACAGAACAUAUCAUUUCCAAGCAGAGGAUGAACAAGACUGUCAGAUUUGGAUAUCAGUGCUACAGAAUAGUAAAGAAGAAGCUUUAAAUAAUGCCUUCAAAGGUGAUGACAACACUGGAGAAAACAACAUUGUCCAAGAGCUGACCAAAGAAAUUAUAUCUGAUAUACAGAGGAUGCCUGGUAAUGAUGUGUGUUGUGAUUGUGGAGCACAAGACCCCACAUGGCUCUCCACAAAUCUUGGCAUUUUAACCUGCAUUGAAUGUUCUGGAAUCCAUCGAGAACUUGGUGUCCACUAUUCCAGAAUGCAAUCACUCACUCUGGAUGUGUUGGGAACAUCAGAAUUGCUGCUUGGUAAGAAUAUUGGGAAUGCAGGGUUCAAUGAAAUCAUGGAAUUUUGUCUGCCUGGAGAUGAACAAAUCAAACCCAAUCCAAGCAGUGAUAUGAAUGCAAGGAAAGAUUAUAUUAAUGCCAAAUAUAUUGAAAAAAAAUAUGCAAGGAAAAAAUGCACUGACAAUGCAGCUAAACUACAAAGCCUAUGUGAAGCAGUCAGAACAAGAGACAUUUUUGGGUUGGUUCAAGUAUAUGCCGAGGGUGUGGACCUAACAGAGAAAAUCCCACUAGCUAAUGGGCAUGAACAAGAUGAAACUGCUCUUCACCUUGCUGUGAGAUCAGUUGAUCGGACCUCACUUCACAUCGUCGAUUUCUUGGUGCAGAACAGUGGCAACCUGGACAAGCAGACAUGUAAAGGUAGCACAGCUUUGCAUUACUGCUGCUUAACAGAUAAUGUCGAGUGCCUCAAACUGCUCCUUAGAGGAAAAGCUUCCAUCGAAAUAGCCAAUGAAGCUGGAGAGACACCACUGGAUAUAGCUAAACGCUUAAAACAUACACGCUGUGAAGAGUUGCUCACCCAAGCCUUGGCGGGAAGACUUAAUUCUCAUGUUCAUGUAGAAUAUGAAUGGCGAUUACUUCACGAAGACUUGGAUGAGAGUGAUGACGAUGUAGAUGAAAAGUUGCAGCAACCAAGCCCCAAUCGAAGAGAAGACAGACCUGUAAGUUUCUAUCAGCUAGGAUCAAGCCAACUUCAGCCUAACGUGGCAUCGUUGGCAAGAGAUGCCGCCAGUAUAGCCAAGGACAAACAGCGAGGCUUUAUGCCAAGCUUAUUACAGAACGAGACCUAUGGAGCCAUACUCAGUAGCAGCCCGCCUCCGACUCAGUCUGCAGCACCUGUUACAAGUGCACCCCCUUUGCCUCCCAGGAAUAUUGGAAAAGUUCAGUCUUCAUUUCUUGGCAGUGCUGUUCAGACAACUUCUUCUUCGAACACACUGUGGAAGACAAAUUCUGUAGGAAUGGAAAGCAUAAGCAGGCAGAGGUCUUCAUCCGAUCCACCAACUGUCCAUCCCCCCGUUCCACCAUUGCGUGUAACAUCUACAAAUAUGCUCUCCUCGGCACCACCUCCAGUUUCAAAGACAGCCAGUGUUCUUGAAGCUUUGAACCAGCAGUCAAAAACGUCAGCUGUGCCGCAGUCCAAACCUACUCCACCACCACUUCCUCCCCAGCCUCCGAGUCGAAUUUCUCAGAAGAAGCCUGCUCCAGGGACUGACAAGUCGUCCACCUUAGUCAACAAGAGCAAGGGGCCUGGAUCCCUACAGCAAGCUUCUGCAGGAGAGUCUUCAUCAUCAUCUGAGGUGGCGGGACCACAGAUCACCUCGGGGGCCAAUAUAUCAGUGCCAAUCCAGCCUCCUGCUCCGAUGCCAAGGAAGUCCCAGAUCUCCAAGACAAAGCCCAAGAGAGUAAAAGCCAUCUAUAACUGUGUAGCAGAUAAUCCAGAUGAACUAACAUUUUCAGAGGGUAAUAUUAUCAUAGUUGAUGGUGAGGAAGAUCAGGAGUGGUGGAUUGGCCAUAUUGAGGGAGAACCUAAUCGGAAAGGAGCUUUUCCUGUAUCAUUUGUGCACUUUAUUGUUGAUUGAAUAGGUGGAGAGAUGAUCCAUUUCGAGAUUUCUCUGAGGCUUCCUGCCUAUAAUUGGAGGCUUUGCAAAGAUAUUUCAUGAAGUGAUACACAGUUGUUGAUGCAUUAUUAGAAAUGUCAUGACAGAACUUCAGAUUUUCAGUUUGACCAUGGAAGGAUUUGGCUUUGUAAACAGCAGAUCCGCUCACAUAUUUUCGUGGUGAAUUGAAAAGCUCCAAAAUACAAGCCACUGGCUCAGAAAUAUAUGGAAUUCAGUCCAAGUUAUAUUGACAGCAAAUCCCCCUUUGAAACUUCCUCAGCAUCCUAGGCAGCAUGGUUUCUGGCUUCCUUAAGGAAGGACAUUUCUGGCCCUGGGGCUCUUGAUUUUUAAAAGUAGGCAAACCAGUUGAGCUAUGAGACUAAUGGCUUGACUACACCAGCUAUUUUACCUUUCAGGGCCCAUUUUGGGGCCUGUGAUGCAUAUCUCUUCUCUGUUUGCACUCAGUGUCUCGAGCCCUAUCUCAGGACAGUGUAGCUGCACCAAAUACUCAGAUUUUAAGAGUGACAAUUUGUCCUGCUUUUAGUACACUACAAAAAUGAGAGGAUAUAACAUAAAAUGGCACCCGGGCAUUGAGAAGUUGUGCGCUGAUCCCUUAUUGCCCUUGUUCACAUCCAUUGUGUAUGGUGAACUCUGCUGACCAGGGAGUGGUGCUAAGGAGGGAGGAGGGUUGGACUGCUUGGUGGCAGAACACGAACCUUCUACCAGAGCCCUGACAAAUGACCCCCAAGAGAAAUCCCUGCCACAAUAUCAAAAAAGAAAUAGUUUUUUAAAAAUGAAGAGCUGCUUCUUCAGACAAAUAUAGUUAGAAUGUGUAAGUUUAUAAUACUGAUUUGGGAUGUAUUUAUUUUUAAAUGCUUGGAUAGAGAGGACUGAGAGUGGCAGAAAUCAGACCUUAUGUAAUGCCCUGAUAAUUCACCUGAGCUAUAAUUGUGUGGCUACCUAUGUGAGUACAUAGUCAUGGGAGAAGUACAGAGGGGUAUGCUUUUGCACUCACCCAUCCUUACUCAGACGAACCAUCUUUCUUCUCUUUGGUGACUGUCUAUGCAGGCAGGAGUCUGUAGAAUUGGGCUCUUGCAGGACCAUCUGAUGGAAAUCUGUUACAAAAAUUGCACUGAUUCCAGUGCCCCGGCUCUAGCAGUCCUCGGGUGCGAGGAACACUUGCACUCAUGUAGAAUUGAGUCUGAGGGGCCAAAACUGGUUGCAUCAAGAACUAUUAAUGUGCCUAAGAACUUGGCAGCUCUUUCCCAUCGAUGAAACCAGCUGCAUUUUCAAGAGACUAUUCUACCAGGACUUAUGGGGUUUGAUCGCUUGUAGCUGCUGAUAUAGGCUCUAAAGCCCUAUUCCUACAAGCAAAGUGACAGGAAAUAUUUACCCUAUGUUGGCAGGGCUGAGGGAGGGACUUCCCUCAAAAAAUGAGGACUCCUCCUCCCAUACUCCAUUGGCCAUGCUGUGGCCAGCCAUCUCUGGAAGUCUAAAACCCCCUCCCCCCCACCAUAUGGCUACUGAGCAGAAAGGCCUCAUGGUCCUUUCUCUUCUAUCUACAGUGAAGAAACAGCCUUAAGAUGGGGGAGCUCUCCCACCCCCUAUGGCCUUACCUGUGUCCUUGUCUGUCAUCCACCCCUGCCAAUUUCCAACCUAGCUUCUUAUGGCUCACUCUUUCCCCUCUGCUCUUCGCAGUGAGGACUGAACUUUCCAGAGGAUCAUCACUUCCUCCCAGUAAGGAAAGAGGGAUCAUUGGUGUUUUGGUGCUUGUGUCUUGGCCAAUCACAUAUUGCCCUCAGAGGGAGAGAAAAAAAAAGAGGUCCUGCUCCCUUGCCUUAACCUUGGAGUAGUCAUUUUAAGACGGCACCUAUGACGCAAUCACAUGCAAAAACUGCAUGUUUCAAAAACUGCUAUGCCCUCCAGAAAUGGCUGGGACUACAAUCCUUAGCGUUUCUGAUAGUUGGCUUUGCUGGGUCAGGCUGAUGGGUGUGGAGGGUCAUGGUUUGCCCACCCCUGUACAGUAUUACUGUAAAUUCCCACCAUGGGUGAAUCCUCAAGUUCCUGACAGGCCAGAAUAAACAUCGUUCCUAUGCCAUCUGCAAAAAGCACACAACUAAGGCCUCAGGUUUUCCACCAUCAGCCAGCAUAUCUAGGUAGAAACUGAGCUUGCCAUAUAUCUAGCAGAUUUUCCUCUUUGCUGGAAUCUUGGCAGCCAGUGUAAAAGGAUAGCCGUUCUGCCACUGGUGAUCUCUAGGCAUAAAAACUCUUAGCAGGGAAUAAUCAAAGUGUUUGAAUACUGGGAACAUAUAAUAUACAGACAUCAGAUAGAAAAGAAAUAAAAUAGUUGUAUUUAUUUAUCCAGAAGCUUGUUCCAAAAAAAAAAAAUCCCCAUUCCACAAAAGAAAUAUUUUAAUAGUUUGAUGUAGAUAACUAGCUUUAAAUCCUGAACCUGUUCCACCUCAUAUUUUGUAGAUGUGAGGUCAUACUUUUUCUAUACAAGUAUGCAUUUGACAUGUUUUAUUCUUUGGUCUUAUUUGAGGUAACAAAACCUCACACCAAUAUUAUUGGUAAAUAAACUUAGAUGUGAAUUGUUCCUCAAUUUUAUUCAGCUGUCCUUUUCUUUGGAAACAGAAGUAAUGGCGCCUAAAUUUUUUUUAAAGCACAUUGUGGUGGGACAAUGUAGUAGGAUAUUGAUCCAAGUGCUAAUGUAAACACCACUGUCCUGCAAGCAGUUCAGUCCAUGUUUGCAGAUUCACACUGUAUACUGUGUACUUUGGAACAUGGUAGUUAACACUGUUAAUAAUUGUGAAUAGGUUUCAUAAUUCCAAACAGAUAAUAGACUAUUACAAAACAUAGCAAUGUCCUUUUAAUGUUUGUAUAUUGUGAUAUUGUAACAGGUUUUUAUUUUGCAUAUGCUACCUAAAAUGUUCACUGGUAGCAUAGAAUUAGAAUAUCAAUGUCCAGGUCACAUUGGCUUUGAUCACAGGUUUUGUGACUAUUGUAUCUCUAGAUUUAUCAAGAGAACUUUGAAUUUCUGACUCAGAAAUUAUGUAUAUAUUGGCUAGCCAUAAGUUGAGACAGAAGGGGGGGAAAGCCCAGUUGGUAUAUUUAUAUUUGUCAGGGGGUGGCAAUAAAUGCCAGAUCUUACCCUUUAUGCCUUGCAAAAAUGGUACAUUUGAGGAAAAACUUUGUCAAAUGUUUGGCUGCAAAUCGGUUGGCUUAUGUUGGAAACUCACGUUAAUACGAGCUGUUGCAGUGUUUAUGGGAGCAAACUGGAAUGUUUAAACAGUUUUGUUGCAAGUUUCAAAGCUAAGUCUGCAUAUUCAAAGUUCCCACUAAGAUAUGUAUGUAUAUUAGAAAAGUAGUUUGCCACUACACAUUUAUUCAGAUGCUGAUGGAUCCAGUUUGGCUUUUGACACUACUGUAUAUGUUUCUAUGCUGGUAAACGCUAGAAGAUAAAUUGGCACAUUAUUUUGCACAGUUCACUUAUGUACAGUAUUUUUCAACACAUAAUCUUUCAAAUGCUAUCAUGUGCGAAAUAGCACUUGGAAAUGUAUUUGGCCCAUAAAAUUUUCACUGGCUAGGAUCCAGUGAGUCAGAUUUCACUAAGUAUGCCUCAUGGCUGAGGUGCACCUGAAGGAGAUACCUGGAGUCUCAUCUCAGUUUGAAAGCUUUCCAGUCUCCUGCCAACAUCUAAAUCAUGGUCACUGGAAGUUUUUUCAGGAGCAUUUUCUCACACUACUGUGAUGAUGACCAUAGGCUUGUAAUAGACUAUCUUUAAAAUCCAUUUUGUUUUUUAAGGCACUGUUUGACAAUCUAACUUAGUCAGAUAUCCUGGUAACAUUUGUUUUAAAGCCAGAUAUUACAAUUUCCAGGUCAUAUCAUAUUUCACAGCUGGCAACAUGGAAUGAUGAUAUUUAGCAAACUAUUGGAGAGCACAUAAGAUUACUGUGUUAAUUAUUUUUAAAAGGGGCAUAAAAUGCAGCUCAGAAUGCUACUUGAGAUGUGUAAUUUUUCAAUGUGAUGGUUUUGGUUGUUUAGUUGCAGAGCAACUGUAUGCAUUGUAUAAUCUGAACCAAUUCUUAUUUUUAGUGUCUGGAUGCAUUGAUUUAUAAUUGGAGCAUGAUUAAUUUUACUUUUGUUAAACCAGUCACUUAACUGGAAAAAUAAACUACUUUUAA